UCCUUCGGACCUAAACAUGGCGUAUGCUCACAAAUAUAAAAGCAUGGCAUUUCCCUGAUCUUUCUUUACAAUCUGCCUCAUCAACGAAAGAUUCAGGUUUCUUGCUUUUAGCGUUUCGUUGUCGGUUCUUUCUUCUUUCCUCCAAGUUCAAUUGUUUUUGUUGUUCAUUUCACGAGUUUUUUAAUUUAACGUUUCUAUUCAUCAACUACUAGUUUAAAAAAUGUCUUUUCCUCACGCUACUGGUGCUAAUUUAGACCAAGCUCCCAAGAAGCGUUUGGCCGUUGGUGUUGUCGGUUCUGGUAACUGGGGUACCGCCAUCGCCAAGAUCUGCGGUGAAAACGCCCGUGCUCACGGUCACCACUUCCGUUCCAAGGUCCGUAUGUGGGUUUUUGAAGAAGAAAUCGAACACAAGGGUGAAAAGAGAAAGCUUACUGAAGUCUUUAACGAGACCCACGAAAACGUCAAGUAUCUUCCUGGUGUCGAAUGCCCUCCUAACGUCAUCGCUGUCCCCGAUGUCCGUGAAGUUGCUCGUCGCUCUGACGUUUUGGUCUUUGUUGUCCCUCACCAAUUUAUCGAGCGUGUCUGCGACCAAAUGUCUGGUCACCUUCGUCCUAAUGCUGUCGGUAUUUCUUGUAUCAAGGGUGUUUCCGUUGGCAAGGACGGUGUCCGCCUUUUCUCUGAUGUCAUCAGUGAGAAGCUUGGCAUUUACUGUGGUGUCCUUUCCGGUGCUAACGUCGCCAACGAAGUUGCCAAGGAGCAAUUCUGUGAGACCACUAUUGGUUACAACCCCCCUAAUCCCGUUAUUUCUGCCGAGCAAAUCGUUGCUGUUUUCGACCGUCCUUACUUCUCGGUCGUCUCCGUCGAUGAUGUUGCCGGUGUCGCUCUCGGUGGUGCUUUGAAGAAUAUCGUCGCCAUGGCUGUCGGUUUCGCCGACGGUUUGGAAUGGGGUGGUAAUACCAAGUCUGCCAUCAUGCGUCGUGGCUUGUUGGAAAUGCAAAAGUUUGCUACCACCUUCUUCGAUAGUGAGAAGGGUACUAUGGUUGAACAAUCUUGUGGUAUUGCCGACUUGGUCACCUCUUGUUUGGGUGGUCGUAACAACCGCGUUGCCGAGGCUUAUGUUAAGUCUGGUAAGCCCAUUGAAGUUCUUGAAAAGGAACUUUUGGGCGGUCAACUUUUGCAAGGUGCUUCUACUGCUAAGGAAGUCCACGAAUUCCUUUCCACCAAGGACAUGGUCAACGAGUUCCCCUUGUUCCACUCUGUCUACAACAUUUGCUACGAAAACAUGGACCCUAAGGGCUUGAUUCAAGUCCUUCAACCCUUGAAGGAAGAAUCCGAAAACGAAGGUGGUACUGAAACCGAGUAAACGGUUUCGCUAUGAUCCCUUUUGUUUUCUCUGUGUGUGGAAAAGGAUACCAUUCCUCAUCCUGACGCGUAACGCUUAUCAGUUCCAAAAGGGGGUGUUGUUUGAGGUUGCACGUUGAUUUCUAUCAGUCUUGAACAUAUGGUUAGUUUUCUUUUGAUGCACACUUUUCAUUACCAUAGCUUUUGGCUGGUAGUUGGUUAUUUUCCGCAUUGAUUGAUUUUUCGUUGCUUUUAUCAUUCGUUUCCCCCCUCGUAAGCAUCGCGCAUAUUUAGUGGAAGAGACGUUAAACCAAUCCCCGUUAUUAAUAGAGACUUCUUGAUAUUUAUGGUGUCCUAUCAAGUAUAGAGCCAUAAAAAAUUGCAUGGGUGAAGGAAGAAGGUCUUUAUGAUAUCCAUGUUCUUCACACUUUGUUAACGACUAAGAGAAAUGAUUAUAUAUCUUUGUCCAUUGUUGAUGUUAUUUAUUAUGUAUAAAUCGAAAUCGAUUUUUUUGUGACUAAUAUUCACAGUAUAUUGUUGUCAUCGUAAAGAUAGCUUAAGGUAUGUGCCAUUUUCUGGUGCUGAUAUGAAAAAAGCUAUGUGUUUGUAUUCAAAUGGAUGAGGUUCUCCUAUUUCAAUGAUGGUGGUGGUUGUAGAUUGAACUAGCUUAGACUGUUGAUACUGAAUGAAAUGGUAGGAGUUGGUGAAUCUUGUUCUGUUCUUAUCGUUGAUGAGCAGUGGUAAUGGUUUAUUUCGUUAAAUGAGAAAGGAAAUAGUACCUUUUGUUGUGUGUCGUCGGAAGUACAAGUUCAUGGGUAACUAAGACUGCUUAGUUUGGUCUGCAAUUCUUUUGUCUCGGUGAACAGUUGGUAAUGCCUACAUACAAUAAAUGAUACUUUACGGGCAAAAUUGAGUAGCUUCUCCCUUUUGGGGUGGUAUGCCUCCAGCCUGAAAUCCUUUUUCUAUUGUAAUCCAUUCCUCUAAUCCCAAUUUUUGUAAGUUCCUAAUUUAAUUACCUUGAACAAGCACCCGUUCUCAUUGCUUGCACUUUUUUUUGUAACUUUCUUAUUCUGUAGAUACAGCAUUAAGCAAGUAAACGCCGUUCGCAUCUUUGGAUACUGUGAGUUGUUUCAUAAUAUCCUUUAAUUCCAAUGUCUUCUCCUUAGAAGCAUUUUUGUUAUGCUUCUUUACAAGCUUGUAUAGAGACUCCUUUCCAUCCUUUUCGCACAGCGAGAGCAUUUGCUCGAUGGGAGAGGCAUUCUUAUCGCCGGAAGAUGGUUUCUUUUUCUUCUUACCUUUCUCUUCCGAAGAAUCAUCAGAGGAAGACGACCGCUUCUUUGAAGGAGAGGAAACUUGCUCCUUGGACUCUGGUGUUUCUUUUAUUUCGGUGCCAUUCUUGUCAGCAGGAGCAUUACCGUUUAUACUUUUACUUUGCUGAUUUGUUUUUUUCAGUUCUUUUUUCGUUGGACGGUAAAGGCCCUUCUGAUAUCGCUGUGCCUCUGUCAUACAAGAAGAGUGAGAACGAUAAUCAGUCCCGUCAAAAGUCGUAUUGCAGUCGAUGCACGUGAAGUAUGCUCCAUGGCAACGAGAACGAUGUUGAUCGAGUUUUGGCUUCUUCACAAUAUCUUGACAAACUAUAAUUGAAGUUGUUAGCCUUUCUCACUUUCACCGAUUUCCUGUCAUUUUUCUUUUCCUAGGAUUAAAUAUUUACCUUCACAGCAAAAAGAAACCAUAUUUUUACUUCUUUAUUAGUUGCUUUUCUUGACUUUUCUCAAAUGAUUCUUGUAACUAGUGUCAAGUUGCUGUUUGCAAGUGUGUGGAAUAAGCAAAGAAAAAUUUUCGAUAUACGUUCUCUAACGACCUUCCUAUCCUUUUCGUUCUUGUUUAAUGUUUAGUUUCUUAAUUUAAAAUAAUAUUUAGUCAUUUGAAGGAUACUUAUAUCCUGUUUGACGACAAUUUAAAUUCUUGUUUUUCUAAAAUUGACAAGAGACACGGCCAUUCAAACGUUCGGCAUCUCCAUUCUUUUUCCUGUGUUAGUUUCAUCCUUUGCUUGAUUUACAUAGCUGACUCCCUGUUAGUACUCUCUUCGGUUCGUCUAUCAGGCAUUCUUCACCAUUUGAAUGCUUUUCACGAAAAGCUGUCUUUCAAGCUACAGCACUUUAACUACUAUCAUUCUAUGCCUUAAAUUGCUACUCUUUUUAUAAGCUGAUGUUUCCUUGAAAAGAGUCAAGUUCUAUUAUUCCUUUAAAAGCAAGAAUGUAAUUACGAUACCCAAUUCACGAAAGCAUCAAAAUUUCAUUUUUAUCUAAUCAUCAAAAAAUCUCAAUAAACAAAAUUAGUUUCCCAGAAACCAACUUUGAGCGACGGAGUCAUCCGAUUAAUGACUAUUUUUUACAUACUUAGUUCCCUUUCAAGCUUAAGGUUCUUUUUGUUCCUCCGUUGGCUUUUGAGAAUCACUUGGGGCUGAUGCUUCAGUAGAAGGAGAGACAUCUGUCAUGGAUAUAUCUUUUGAAUCCGAAGCUUCUUGUUCUGACUUUUCAUUAGACUCGGGUGAACUUUCCACCUUUUCACUCAGAUCUUGAGAAGAUUCCUUCGAUUCUUUGGUUUCUACCUUCUUUUCUUCUUUAUCGUUAUUUUCAACAGGCUUCACCUCCUCGGCUUGUUCGGCUAUUGGUUCUGGAGUCUCAGACGUGGCCUCAGCUGGCGAUUGCUUUUGCUGAGAAAUGGCCUGCAUAAUGGGUUUCCAUUUAUCUUCAAGAAGUUCCUGGCAAAUAUCCUUUAUAGGUUGUUCUUGAUCUCCGGGUAACUCUGUUAAAGCAUAGAUUUUCUUCAAAACAACUGCAAUCUUUGUGUUUUGGACCAGCGUAACGUCUAAUCCCUGGAAUGUGGAAAGCUUCUCAAGAUAUCCACGAAUUAUCUCGUAAUUUUGCUUGGACAAGUCUGCAUUUGGUGCCAAAAGACUACUUUGCAAUUUGUGACGAAGAAACAACAGAGAUUGUUCCCUGGAUUUAUAAGUACGUUCAGCCGCUUCUUCCUCGCUUACUUCAGGGCUUUCUUCUUUUUCCUCUUUCUCCUCUUCUUCUUCGUCUUUCUUGGCCUUCUUCUUCACAGGAGCAACCGUCUUUUUCACCUGCUGGGAACCUUUUCUAGGAGAAGCUCGAGUUCUCUUUGCACUAGGUGAUGCAGUUUCCGUAGAAGAGCGUUUUCUACGAGAAGCAUCCAAGGAAGGAUCAAAAGACACGGUCUUUUUUGUAUUUCUCUUACCUCCUCGUCUAGCACUGGUUCGAGUCGUCCGCUUCGAUUCUUCUUCUUCCUCUUCUUCGUCGACAGAAGCUUCAGAUUCCUCCUGUUCGUCCUCCUCAGAUUCCUCUUCAGACUCUUCAACGUCAGAAGGAGGAGGAGAAACAUCUUGUAAAUUCUUAGUGGCCUGAGCUACUUUAUAAGCUUUGAUUAAACCAGCAGUUUUGGGUUUAGGCUUUUCAAGGAAUUCAGAAAUUGCAUCUUCGGUUAAUGGGCAUAAAGCAUCAGGACUAGCCCAUAAGUAUUCUUUAUUAGGAAAGAAAAUUACAGGGUAAUAAUUUUCAGCACGCUUAGGCUUGCUCUUCAAAGCAACAGAAGUCAUUUUGUCUUCUGUAAUGAUCAUGCUAGGCCACCAGGGGAAGCCGGCGAGCUUAGUUAAAACACGCAUGCCAGAUUUGUAUUCAACAUUUUGCUUUUCCCCGCUCUUCUGCUUCGCGGCAUUUUUAGCGGCUGACUUGGCAGUACCUUCAGACUCUUGCUUCUCCGUCGAUUGAUCUUCGUUCGACUCUGGAGAGGACUCCUCUUGUUUGUUUUCCAAUGUCUUGGAAUCCUCUUCUGUUGCAGUGGCUCCGUUUUCUUUAGGCUCUUCCUCAGUAACCGUUGAUUCCUGUUUGUCAGAAGAUGCGCCAUUUUCUUGUUCGGGAGCUUCUUCAAGUUUCGCUUCAACGUCUUCCUGGGGUUCAUGAUCGUUUUCACUCUCUUUCUGAGCAUCUUCAACCUCCUUAGUCUCUGAUUCCUCUGGGUUUUCUCCAGAAACUGGAGUCAGUGCUUCUUUUGUGUCCUCAACAGGUGCAGCCUUCUCUUCUUGCCUUUCUAUAUUCAUUUGUUGUGCAUUACUUUCAGACGAUGCUUCCAUUUUAUCAAUUUCGAGAUUCACGUCGUGUUCUCAAAUAUUAGUAGAAGGAUAAAUUAUGCAACCAGUAAGCGUAAAUGCGUCUAGCACAGGAAGUGCAAAACUGACAAGUAUAAGGUACACCGAAGCGAGCUACCUAAAACUAAUUUAC